GCGACACAUGGCGGGGUGGAGCAGAGGUGCGGUGGGUAGAACUUUGGUUAUGGUAGCAGUAGGCAUGCACAUUGUGCUUGUGCUCUCUUCGCAGUCGUCGCUUGUGGCCGCCACAUUGCCCACUCUCACCUUUCGCAGCUCAUCAUCAGAGACUUCUCGCCUGGUCACGGCCGGCGACAAGGUCCCGCUCAUCGUCUCCAUCUCAUCCACCUGUCCAGCGCCAAGCGGAUGCUCGUUCAACAUCACAUGCGUGGGACAGACGCUUGGCAAUGUCACUGCCCUCACGCACAUCGUCAUCGGCUCUACGGUCUGGUCCGCCGACAACGUCACCGCGUCCGCAGUUGUGGACGUCUACGACUGCCUCGCCUUUGUCCACUACCUCGACUCGGGCCUUGUCUCUGAUCCGUCAAACGUGCUCCAGCUUGACGUCCGUCCGAGGCCAAGCGGUCACAUCUCUGUCGCGCCGGCUACUGCGUUUGUCGGCCAGAAGAUCGGCGCCUCCGUGAGCUUUACCGGCGGCGGCACCUUUGAUCCGGGCGACUUUGAGAUCCGCAAGUCAUCGCCGCCGUACGCAGUGACCAACUUCCUUGGCACCCGCGGGCCGACCAAAACCAACCCGUUGUAUAUCUCCCCGUUCUACACAGAGCCGUUCGAAGCUGGAGACCUUCAUCCGGCUGCCAUCCCCACCCUCCUCAGGAUCUACGUCGUCAUCACCAACACCGAGCGCGGCUCGGUCGUCGUCGAGGCUCCGGCCCGGCUCGAGCUCUUUCCGGCUCCAUCGUUCAACUUGUCGCUAGCGUCCGGCCCGCUCCUGACCUACUCGGCCAAUGCAAGCCUGGUCGUCUCGCAGCUGGUCUUCGACACCCCAUCGGCCAACCUCGCCAUCGAGCUUGUUUCGCUCUCAAACGGCUCAACAGUUGCAACCGCCUCGUACACCAUCGCCGGCCCGACGCCUGCGCCGCUUGAUCUUGUCCACAACGCAGUCGUCCCCUCGUCACACUGGGCUCCCUACUCCAGCUGGGCCUUCCGGGUCACGAUCACGGACGGCCGCGGAGCCGAAGCUGCGCCAGUCGUCUCGCCUGCGUGGCAACUCGUUCCGCCGGCGGCGUUCUCCGCACUCACCCCGGCCACCACCACUGCAAACGUCUCCACGGUGGUCUCCACCUACCUCACAGCAGGCGGCGUGCUCCCGAUCAACGCCACCCUUGUCAUCGCACUUCCAUCAGGCGAGGCAGUGUGGACCUCGCACCACUCCAUUGCCGCUGCCGCUGACUGGAUCUUCCUUGCCGACGUUACCCUUUCCGUGCCGGAGGUGUACAAUGUGUCGGUGACCGGCGCCGAUGCGCUGGGCGUGCCCAUGUUUGCGCUAGCCACGAAUCUGGUUGUCAACCGCCCGCUCAGUCCUGGCGGCGGGCCCGCUACGCCCGACCCGGUUGUGGCGACCUGGACCACGACACGCACCACCGCAGGCACUCCCGCGCCACUCACCGUUGCGUUUAGUGGCGGCACGCCGCCGUUUGCGCUCACAAUUGUUGCUCAUGCCCAGGCCAGCGAGCCGCGCGCAGGCAACGUCACCACUUUGUACUCGACCAUCGCCUCGCUGCCGGCUACCGGUCUGGCUGUGACGUUUAGCGAUGCCGACGUCAUCGCACUCGGCUCCAACGUUGUCUUUUACGUCCGUGUUGUCGACAGCGUUGGCGCCGUCCUCGACAUUCCCGCCAACAUGUCGUCGGUCCUCUCGCUGGCGCUCCGCCCGACGAUAGACACAACGGGCAUGUCCAUGACGAGCCAGUCGCUGACUUCGGGCGCGCUACUCAAUCUGACGGUUGGCAGCGUGUCGGGAGGCCACGGAGUUCCAAGCGAGUUCACGUACGAUGUAGCAAUUAUCAGCUUUCCAUCCGGCGUGGUCCUGUUCUCGUUUCCGGGCCUGGUCCUUUCGCCUGAUGGCGUUGUCGCCGUCGGCCCGCUCCCGGUUGCAUCUGUCACCUUUGCCAACAUCAGCAUCACCGCCCGUGACGCGCUCGGUGGGCUUGGGCACCCACUCCUCCUCCCGCUCACGCUCUACCCGGCACUAAUUGCCGGAAGUAUGUCGGCGGGUCGUGCCAACAUAACGUCGGUCGGUGCUGAUCCGCUCUCGGUCACCAUCGCAAGUGCGUCGGGCGGCCAGCCGCCAUACCACGCCAGUGUCUGGUUGGAGAGACUGGACGGGGAGCGCGGACUUGUCACGAUUGUGCCGAUUACUGCUGCCGAAACCACCGUCCUCGUUCCCGUUCCAAGCACUGUUGGUGACUACACGCUCCACAGUGCAGUGGUCGACGCAUCGGGCUGGACCGCACCGCUGGUCAACGCCUCAAGUGUCGUCACAAUCGUGCCGCGCCCGCUGGUGGACGUUGUGGUGCCGAGCUUGGCCAACACCACGGCUGGCGUGACGAUUACGUUCUCGGCCAGCGUCAUUCACGGCAUUGCGCCGCUGAUGAGCGCGGUGGUCGACGUUGUCGACGCCAGCGCGCCAGGCACUGUGUUGGUUGCCUCGGCGGCCGCGGUUGAGCUCGCGCCGCAGAGCUUCAUUUUCAGCUACGACUUUGCGGCGACGCCGCCACUGUACAACCGCGCGUCGCUCGUUGCGCUUGCGCUGAGCGUCACGGAUGCGCACGGCGCGCAAUCGCUCUCGUUUGUGACGCCUGGCGCGGCGAUCGCGCCACCGGUGAGCAUCACGGGCCUGCGGCUCGAGACUGUGGCCGGCGUCGACAUUGUUGGCGGCGCAGUGACUGCUGGCCUGCAGCUAAGAGCGGUGGCAGACGUCGACGGCGGGACUGGCGAGCUGGCCGCGAGCGUGGCGGUGGACGGCGCGGUGCUGGUCACCGGCGAUGCAGAGCGAGGUGCGGCCUGGCGGUCAAGCGCGUGGGUGGCCGGGACCGAGACUGAUGGCCAAGUCGACGUAGCGGUGACAGUACGCGACGCACUCGGUUCGCAGGGGCAGGCGACGCUGGCGGCGGUGCGGAUCAAUCCGCAGCCAAGCGCCAGAGUCGAGGUUGCCGGGUCGGGCGUUCGUACCGUGGGCGAGAGUGUUGUGGUGAGCGUUGUUGAUGCGAUCGGCGGGACCGGAAGCCUUGCGUUUGAUGUCAGUGUCGAAGACGUGGCCAGUAGCACGACGCUCAACAGCUCUGCGGCGGUGGGCAGCGCGCCUGGCAGCGUGUCGCUGGAGGUGCUGGCCGGGUACGCGGCAGCGGACGAUAGCGUGCGCGAGAUCCGGUUUGUGGCGCGGCUGACGGACGCCCUCGGCGCUGUGGCUGUGCGCGGCGGCGUGAGUGCGACGGUGCUGGUGGCGCCGGUUUCGGGCCGAGUGGCGGCGAAUGCAUCGCCGCCGAGCGGCGGAGGCAUCGACAUGACGCUCAUUGCGGUGGUGGCGGCAGUGGCCGGUAUCUGCCUCGCAUGCAUCAUUCUUGGCAUUGUGAUCGCGGUCUGCUCCGGAAGCGACGAUGACGAUGACGCGCACAAACCGCCCGAGGCCGCGUACGGAGUGAACGCAGCUCUAGAUGCCGACAUUGCCGCGUACGACUUUGGCGCCGGCGCCGAGUCCGACGCGACCUCGGUCGGCGUGGCCGACGCCGAGGAGCUGCUGGCAGCGGGGGAUGUGCCGGUGGCGGCCGCCACGCCGCGGCUAUUUGUCCACACCACAACCCUUCCGCCCAAGCCGCCGCCGCCAAUCGGGUUUGCCGGCGCAGCGCUGUCGCGACCAACGACCACUCCUGGCGCGCUCCCGCCCAAGCCGGUACACGUGCCAUCGACAACAGAGAUUUUUGGCCAGCAGUAGCGCGCUCAGCCGCAGCAGCAGCCGCUGCGG